AAAGAAACUCUGUAGACUGCUUCUGCAUUCAUUCUAGAAGGCCCUUCUAGAUGGGAUAAGCAGGCCCCAAUAACAAGCACCCCCGAUUCCUGUGAUUGGCCCUUAUUUAUUGAGCCUAAGUAGGCAGCUCCCCAUCUUGUGGCCUUGAGUGACACAUCUCCACUUAUAAACUUCUAGGGAAAAACUUGUCAAAGAAGGAAAUGCCCAAAUGGCUAGUUGCCCAGGUCCCCGUAACUUUUUAAAACUAUGAUUUCUCUGAAAUGCCCCAGUGGGCACUUCUUGCAUGUGAAGAAGACCAAAGCAGGAACUGCUGCUUAACUUGGAUGAGCACCAUCAGGAUAGACACUAGGGAAAAUCUGGGCAGUUGUAACAAAGAGGAAGCAACAAGUAUCCAGAUAACAGGCAGACAGAACAACACAUAAUAAAUAACGCAGCCCUCAUUUGUAACAAAGAGGAAGCAACAAGUAUCCAGAUAACAGGCAGACAGAACAACACAUAAUAAAUAACGCAGCCCUCAUUGAUCCUGCUUUCCUGGAGUCCUGAAUGACAGACCUGUCUUGUCACCACAAAUCUCGGAGUUGUGAUGCUCCCAUUCCCUAUUAAAAGGAGAAGGAAAGAGGCUGCAGUUGCUAUUGAUCCAGGAGCCCCACAUGUCGUAUUUCCUGAUAUCUGUAUUUUCUUGGUGGAGCGAAGAAUGGGGGCUGCACGAAGGGGCUUCCUCACAUCACUGGCACAGAGGAAAGGCUUCAGCGUGGCACAAGAGUACAGCGGUGCAGUGACACAUGUAGUGUCAGAGCAAAAUUCCUUCACCGACGUCCUCAGUUGGAUUGAAAGGAAAACUGGGAAGCCCAUGCAAAGUGCUGAAGAUCAGAUGUCUCCACAUAUCUUGGACAUUAGCUGGUUCACGGAGAGCAUGAGUUCAGGAAAACCUGUUCCGGUGGAGGCCACACACCGUUUAGGGAUUUUAGGAUCUCAGGUUUCCAAAGACAAAGAUGCACUUUCUACUGUGGCACCAUAUGCCUGCCAGCGGCGGACACCAUUAACCCAUCAUAAUUCAGAAAUUACAGAGGCUCUGGAAAUAUUAGGCAAAGCAGCUGCAUUUCAAGGCUCUGAAGUCCGAAACCUGGCUUUUUCAAGGGCGGCAUCUGUGCUCAAGUCUCUACCAUCUAAGCUGCAAUCUGCUGAAGAAGCAAGAAACCUGGUCUGGUGUGGGGGCCAUUGCCAAGCUGUCAUCCAGGAAAUAUUAGAAGAUGGAGUAUGCCAUGAAGUGGAGGCGCUUAAAAUCUGUGAACAGUACCAGUGUAUGGAGCUCCUAACAGGUAUUUUCGGUGUUGGGGUACGCACAGCAGAACGUUGGUACAAGGAUGGAGUGCGAAAAUUACGUGACUUGGAAAACCCUAAUAUUAAACUGACUGCAGACCAGAGAGCAGGGAUAGAACAUUACACAGAUCUCAAGCAGCCAGUGACCCUCCAGGAGGCCAGACAUGUGGAACGCUUGAUAACAGAUGCUUUGCACAGAUUUGUCCCAGACCUCGAAAUUACUAUGACAGGUGGAUUUCGCAGGGGGAAGCAGCAGGGGCAUGAUGUGGAUUUCCUCAUAACACACCCCUCUGAAGAAUCACUAAAUGGGGUGCUGAAAAAAGCUGUAGACUGGAUGGACAGCCAGGGCUUAUUGCUGUAUCACCACACAAAGGUGCGCUCUCGUGUCCUCGCUCAAAGACGCAGCACACACAUGGACGGCCAUGAAACCUGCUACGCUAUAUUUGCUCUUCCAAGCCUUGACUCUAUGAGGUGUGAAGCAGGAGCCCCUGGUGCCCACACAUGGAGAGCUGUCAGGGUGGAUUUAGUAGUCACUCCAUAUGAGGAAUAUCCCUUUGCCCUUCUAGGGUGGACAGGAUCGAAGCAUUUUGAAAGGGAAUUGCGUCGCUAUUCUUGGCAUGAAAAGAAUCUGUCUUUAAACAGUCAUGGGCUUUAUGAUACACAAAAGAAUUGCUCCAUCCCCGCAACGUCUGAGGAAGAGAUAUUUGCACUUCUGGGUCUGGACUAUGUGCCUCCCCCAUACAGAAAUGCCUGACUGUCCGUGUCAAGUGUGUGGAAGAUUUUUUUCCUUGUCAAGAUGAGGAGAGGCCAUGGGCAGUGUAACCUUCCUGCAGAAACAUGGAGGAUUUUGAAACUAAAGUACCAAAGGCAUUUUUCAGCUAAGCUGGAUUUGGCUGUAUGAUCUUAUAUUUAAGACAUGGAAGGUCAGGUAACCUGUACUUUAUUUUUGCAGGAAAGUAAAAGGAUUUGGUUUAAUAGGAGUUGCCCUUCCGCUACCUUACCUUUUCUCACCCUAUCAGUGUGAAAAACUGGAAUCAGUCAUUGUUGAUGCUGGUAUCUAACGUCAUCUAACAAAACCUCUUGUAUUUGUAUGUAAUAUAUUGUGUGUUCCCCCCCCCC